GGAGUCACAGAGGGUCCGGAGGCUCCUCCCCUGGGGUGGCCGAGCAGGAAGCGGGGCGCGCGGCGGGCGGGGGCGCGGCGCGGUGCGGGGCGAGCGCGCGGGGCGCAGGCGGCGGAGUAUGCGCGGGCCUCGGCGGCCAGCCCCGGCGCACAGCCGCGGCCGGGGCGCGCGGCGCGGGGCGGAAAAGCCUGUUUACACAGACUGCACACCGCCUGGGGAAUAAUGCAGUAAAGGAAGUGAGCCGGCUCGGCCUGACUGCUCCAACUUCCUGCUCUCACACAACCACCAGAAAAAAAAAAAAAAAAAAAAGAGGAGCGAGAGAAAGAAAAAAAAAGGGGGAAAAAUCAGGAUCUCAUUACAAGAGCAACAGACCGUCUGCAGACGCCUGUCAGCAUGGAAAGUCGGGGGCUUUCGCCCGGUUCCUCCUAGAAAUUCCCCCGAAGAAGGAUCUUGAAAGCUCCCCCACAUCUGGGUAUGGAGAGCGCGAUCACGCUGUGGCAGUUCCUGUUGCAGUUGCUGUUAGACCAGAAGCAUGAACAUCUGAUCUGCUGGACCUCCAGCGAUGGCGAAUUCAAGCUCCUCAAAGCGGAAGAAGUGGCCAAACUGUGGGGACUCCGCAAGAACAAAACAAACAUGAACUACGAUAAGCUGAGCAGAGCCCUUCGAUACUACUACGACAAGAACAUCAUCAAAAAGGUGAUUGGGCAGAAGUUUGUGUACAAGUUUGUCUCUUUCCCGGAGAUACUGAAAAUGGACCCUCACGCGGUGGAGAUCAGCCGGGAGAGCCUUUUGCUGCAGGACAGCGACUGCAAGGUGCCUCCCGAGGGCCGCGAGGCACACAGACACGGCUUGUCAGCCCUCAAAAGCGCAAGCCGCAACGAAUACAUCCACUCAGGCCUGUACUCGUCCUUCACCAUUAAUUCCCUGCAGAACCCACCAGAAUCCUUCAAGGCAAUCAAGACAGAGAAGCUGGAGGAGCAGCCAGAAGACAGCCCUCCCGUGGAAGAAGUCAGGACUGUCAUCAGGUUUGUGACCAAUAAAACCGACAAGCACACCAGCAGGCCCGUGGUGCCCCUGCCCUCCACCUCUGAGGCCUUCCUGGCCUCGUCCGCCUCAGCCAAGGUCUCCUCUUUAAUGUUGCCAAAUGCCGCCAGCAUUUCGUCCGCUUCACCCUCCUCGUCUCGGUCCCCGUCCCUGUCCCCCAGCUCGCCCCUCCCUUCUGAACACAGAAGCCUCUUCCUGGAGGCCGCCUGCCAUGACUCCGAUUCCCUAGAGCCCUUGAACCUGUCAUCGGGCUCCAAGACCAGGUCUCCAUCUCUUCCCCCAAAGGCCAAAAAACCCAAAGGCUUGGAAAUCUCUGCGCCCCCGCUGGUGCUCUCUGGCACUGACAUCGGCUCCAUCGCCCUCAACAGCCCAGCUCUCCCCUCGGGAUCCCUCACCCCAGCCUUCUUCACCGCACAGACACCAAAUGGAUUGCUUCUGACCCCGAGUCCACUGCUAUCCAGCAUACAUUUCUGGAGCAGCCUUAGUCCAGUUGCUCCUCUGAGUCCUGCCCGGUUGCAAGGGCCAAACACGCUGUUCCAGUUUCCAACACUGCUUAAUGGCCACAUGCCAGUGCCAAUCCCCAGUCUGGAUAGAGCUGCUUCUCCAGUACUGCUUUCUUCGAACUCUCAGAAAUCCUGAUGACAUCUGGCCACAAUUAAAGACUUAUUAACUGAUGAGACAAAUUUGUCCCCCGGGCUAGUUUACCUGUGUCAUGAGAAGGACAUUGUGAAACCCUCUGUUAAUUUGGUUUGCACUUUUCAUAACAUGGAUGGUCUAGAUUUAUGUUAGCAUUUUUAAAACUUUUUUUUUUAUAUUCAAGUAUAUAUGAAGAUCUGUUUGGCAUUAAGUGAAUUUUAAUGUUUUUGUUUUAUAUCUUCUUAGCUCUUAAGUGUUGAACACUGUUGACAGUGAAGAACUUUUCUUAAUGGUUUUCAGUAUAACUAAUAAGGAUGUGAAGCUUUUUUUCUCUUUAAUUCCGCAUAUGCUGAACUAUGCUUAUAGACACUAUAACCAGCUGUGCCUUCCUUUGCAUUUAGUUUUAUGUAAAUGAUUUAUAUAUUUUUUAGUAUUAAGAGAAAAUGUUUGAAAGACAAAAAUUAGUAUCAAACAGCUCUCUAGUAGAAUUUCAUUAUUUUCCACAAGUAGGCAACAUGAAAGCAUAUUCAUAUUUUUCCUUUUCGCUUUCAAUUGUAUAAGAAUUGCCUUAGAACCUCUUUUGAACUGAAAUUCAGUAAAUGUCCAAGUUAAUGUUUUUAUAAAAUAAACUAAGCCAUAUUUAGAAAAUAAACAUUCAUAAAAGAAAAUGUUCUAAAGUGCAUUUUUUAAAAAAUGAACUUUGAAAGGCUAGCCACCUAGCUGUUUACAAUCUUUUAGACUCCUCCCAAGCAUAAACCGGAGAUGGAAAUCUACAUCAAGUUCACUCUACCCAUGGCCUUGAAAUAUCUAUGUAAGCAUGUUCUUAUUUCAAAAAAUCAGCUGUGGUUCUCCCAGUUUCCCUAGAGAAUCACACCCCUGAUAUAUUUCCUGUACCAUUAUGAGUUAGGGUAAACCCCUACAACCAUAAUUAACAUUUAAAACACCUAUGCUUUGGAAGAGGCUCACAGACAACAAUUUUAGAACACCAAGUAUCUCCAUGUGUAUAGGCAUAGCCUUGCCUGUGAAACUGAGAGGUAGAAUACAUUGCUUUAUCUAUUACUAAGGUUAUGGGGAGAAUGAAGGAAACGAUACAAGAAAUAUAAAACUCUUCAGGAACCUCAUCAUUAUGGAACUGAAUUAGUAACAAUUUGGAGCACUCAGCAGUUAACUCUCUUGUGUAGCACAGUUUAGAGCAGUAAUAACAGAAACAUCAGGCACCACUCUAAGGCACUGUUCUGUACACGAGGUAGGAAAAUUCUAAUGUGGAGAGAACUGGAAAGUGUCCGGCACUUUCGAUUCAAGAUCAGAUCAUCCUGAACUAUAAGUAACCAAUUUGAAAUAUGGCUAAAUAACUGACUCCAAAGUAGGUGUUAAGUGGCAAGGAUUAUGAAAAAGCAUAAAAAAUAAAGCUUGUAAAAACACAUUUCUGCAAUUUUCUAAAAAUCUUGAGAUUUUUCAAUUGGAAUUAAGCAUCUCUGUACAUCUCCAAUAUACAACUCUGGAUAUAAAUUCCAAAAUCCACAGACACUACUGUCACUCCCUCAUAGGCUGAGGAAAAUUCUGUACUAAAAUAAAAGAGCUGGUCUGGGGAACUGAGAUGUACCCAACAUGAAAUGCUACAGGUAGAGGGGGCCUUUGAGAAUGCUUCUCACCACUGUCUCCACAUAAGGCAAUUACACAAACAACUGGGAGCUGCCUGAGGCCACACAGCUCAUUUAAGAUAGAACAGUGACUGGUGCUCAGUCCAGUUAUGCUUUUCCACUCCUGGCUGUAACUAACUACUGGCCCCAAGCUCUAUGUUAGAACAUUAAAAACAAUUCAUCGGAUAAGUGAAGAACAUACCCCCAAAUGGAAGAUUCUUACAGAGAAAGUUAAUCAAUGUACAAAAACUUCAACCAAAAAUAUUUUUAAGUGUAUAUGCUGAUUGGAAAUAUUCAAAUGACUAUAAACCCAAUUCCUAUAUUUCCUUCCUUGAAAUACUAUGGACUCUAGCUGUUUAUUAGAAACGGAAAAACACCAUAAUUUUUAUGGAUCAGAAAACUAUGACACAAAUAGAGAAUUGGAGGUAUUGAAAUGUAACUCUUAUAGCUCUGCCUCAUUCUGUGUGUGUGUGUGUGUGUGUGUGUGUGUGUGUUUUAACAGUUAUUUUAGAGAAUAGAUUUCAAAGAACAUAUUAAAUAACUUUUUCCUUUUUAUUGUCUGCUUGAUCAGUGUUAAACUACUACUAUAGCUAAGGUUUUAUAGAACUAUAACCUAAACGUUGGUUUCUUUGUACACACCUUUUCUAUGAGUGCAUAUCUUCAUUCACUUUCAUAUAUGUAUCAAUUUUACUAUUGUUUUUGUUCAAUAAAUACUUUGUGAUAAAAGGUGCAAGGAGGCAAGUGGGUUGGUUUACUUCCAUUUACUUGGAACGAUCCAAAUUUUGCUUUUCUAUAUGGGUAAGAGCUGAAAAAUAAGUCCUGGCCUCUAGCCUCAAAUAUGAUACAUCAAAACAUGCUAUUGUAUAUAUAAUCUGCUUCAAAGAGAUAUUUAAUGAAACAAUUAUUGAGGUUGAAUUGGUGAGGGUUGGGGAGGAGAAAGGGUUUGAAAAGUGGUCCCCUCAUCUUUUAAAUCUUAAGGUUUACCAAUCAUUCUACAUUGAAAGAUAGGGUAGGUGAUGAGGAAGGGAAAAAAAACAAAUGAUCAUUUCUUUUAGCUGCAACUAAUAUCAUACUCAAUGGUAACUGAAAGUGUUUUCCCCUAACAUAAAGAACAAGGAUACUCUCUGUUGCCAAUUCUACUUCAACACAGUACCGAAAGUCCUAACCAAAGUUAAUUAGGCAAGAAAAAUAAAUCCAAAUUAUACAGGAUCUCUAUUCAUAGAAGACAUCGUGUUACAUGUAGAAAACCUUAAAGAACCCACAAAAAAAAGUUAAUAACGUCAGCAAAAUUAUAGGACACAAAAUCAACAAAACAAAAAUCAUUUGUAUUUCUACACACUAGCAAAUGAAAAAUUCAGAAAAGAAAAUAAUUCUGUCUAUAAUAACAUCAAAAAGAAUAGAAUACUUAGGAAUAAAAUUCAUCAAGGAGGCACAAGACUUAUAUACUGAAAAACUACAAAACAUUGCUAAAAGAAAUUAAAGACAUCCUGCAUUUAUGGAAAGAUUUAAUAUUAAGAUCACAGAACUCCCAAAUUAAUCUACAGAGUCAAUCAAUGCAAUUCCUAUCACAAUCCCAAUGGCGUAUUUCCUCAGAAAUAGAAAAAUCCCAUCCUAAAAUUUAUAUGGAAUUUCAAGGGACCCUGAAUAGCCAAAACA